UUGAUUACACUACAGGAAUUUGAGUGCACCAUUGACAACGAGGUAUUCUGCAAAGGAAUAACGACUUCUUCCGACAAGGGAAAGUGUCACAUAGAGGAGAAUGGUAAUACAUUUACCUUCACCUAUAAGUAUGAGCGAUUGGACAACCGAAACGAGUCUGUAUUCGUAUGCAAUUCGCAUAACGAUAAUCAAACGCAGACCGUAUAUUGGCAUGAAUUCCAUAUUGCAGUUGAGGGUAUGGCGCUGGGUAAUGCGCUAAAGGACUACUUCUCAAAGGUUCGCUUACGCGUCCGCAGCGAUAGGCAAGUAUUCAGAAUGUCCCCUGAGUCGACCUUCGACGUGACUUGUUCAAUUGACGGCAAAAACAUGUCGUGGACGUGCAUGGCCUACUUCAAGGAUGCAAUGAUGCAAAUGUUGUAUCGCUAUGUGAGCCAGUUUUAA